CCCCCUGCCCUCGCCAUGCCCAGAGCCUUCCUGGUGAAGCGCCGGAGCCCGCAGCCGGCGGUGCGCAGCUGGGAUGGGCUGCCCGACGAGGAGAGAGCCGACACCUACAUCCCAGGCGGGAUCGGCUGCGUGCUGCUGGGCUACGAGGACAGCUGCAGCCUGGAGAGCAGCGGGAGUAGCGGAACCCGGGACGCGGAGCCCAGCGACCCCCCGACCCCCCAGCCCGCCCCCGGCGACUUGGGCACGGCCGGGGGGAUGCUGCUGGACCUGGCCGUCAAGCGCCCCGUGAUCAGGUCGAAAAUCAAGUUCACCACUGGUACCUGUAACGAUGCUACGGUGCACAGCUGUGAGCUGUGUGGCAAGGGCUUUCGCUUGCAGCGGAUGCUGAACCGUCACAUCAAGUGCCACAGCCAGGUGAAGAGACACUUGUGCACCUUCUGUGGAAAAGGCUUCAACGACACCUUUGAUCUGAAAAGACACGUCCGGACCCAUACUGGAAUUCGUCCUUACAAAUGCGAGGUUUGCAACAAAGCCUUUACCCAGCGGUGCUCCCUGGAGUCCCACCUGAAGAAGAUUCACGGCGUGCAGCAGCAAUACGCCUACAAACAGAGGCGAGAUAAACUUUACGUGUGCGAAGACUGCGGCUACACGGGCCCCACGCAGGAGGACCUGUACCUGCACGUCAGCAAUGUUCACCCUGGAAGCGCUUUCCUGAAAAAAACCUCAAAAAAACUUGCAGCGGUUUUGCAAAACAAACUGAGCCCUGUCCUGCAGAGGAACUCCAAAGAUGAUGAUGACAAAGACGAGUAACACAGUGGAUUACAGUGGUCUAAAGGAAUGAAGUUUACAUGUAGGACUAUAUGUAUAUUAUUAUUUUUUUUUUUUAAACAGUUUUGAAAGAAACCCCUCAAAUGAAAGGGAUGUUUUUUGUCAACGGGACUCUCUUGAUGUUGGUAGAACCUCAACUUGAAAGAAAUAUUCCCAUAUACGAUGCCAACAUCAGACUUUUUUAUCUGGCUAGAAAAAAAUUGGAAAACUUGGAGGAGGCUCUCACCUCUUGGAUGGAGUAUUUACUGAACUGACAUUCAGGCAACCUGUUUUCCGUUUCAGCUCUACCACACAUCCAGGUGGCCACUGACAAAUAGCGUGCUUGGUAAAGACAACAACCAUUACCUCCCGUACAAAUUCCUUUGGAGAGGUUUGGGUGAAAAGUGCUGUGUAAGAGCAGCUACUAGUACAUUGUUCUAUGCAAAAUGAAUCAAAAUUAUCUUAGAACAGGAGUGCACUGUGCUGGUAAAGAAAAAAAAGCACAAAUACCUGCCCUCUGUGCAGCAACCUAACAAAUUAUGGAGGUGUGAUCCAAGGUGAGCUGAAACUUUUUUUACAGGCUGUGGAACUUUUUAUUCUCAAACUUUCUCUACCAGCAAAUUGCCUUAUUCCAGGGCAGACUUCUGGUCACGUUUUAGGUACGUCAAGCUGUGAACACGUUUUAUCACGUUUAGAUUUCAGUGUAAACUUAAUUCUGAUGUUCCCAGACUUGAUACGCUCACUUUGGGGAUUAUUACCACAUCCUUUUACAAUACAUCAGUAUCACCCCAGAAACCCAAAGGAAUGACUUGAAGAUGUGUAUUUUUCCCUCAUGACAAAAUGCAAUUUUUAAUGUAUUUUAUGGUGCGUAUGUGUGCGUGUGUGUUCAUUUAGGGAUUUUUUUUUCUUUUUAAUGGUCUGUUCACUAAUACAACAGAGCAGUGCAACGCAGUUAAGAGGGAGACUUGGCCUGUCCCUGACUCAUGAGAUCAGGCACAGAUCUGGUCCCUUGUCUGUAACUGAUAUCAGUUUAGAAGGCUCUUCAUGAGACUUACGCUACAAGGGAAGGAGGUGGCGAUGAUGAUGAGGGACUGGCAUGAUGUCUCUGUGCAUUUAGAACUCACCCUAUAGUUCUGCCCCAGCUCCUGUUGAUCCAGGACAACCAAGAGGGUAGCCUAUUUGGAAUACUGAGUGUGACUUUAGGGAUUUAAACAAAUGGGGAGAGGGAUGCCCAUAUAAUUCAUGUUGCUGAAACCACCUGACACUUUUAACUCUUCAGAAGCUGCUGCAGCCCUUACUGGGCACCUGAAUGACUGUAGUAGGAGGAACAGGGAGGGGUGUUAACUCCCUCUGCAACCACAAGGUUCUCUGGUCCAAGUGCAUGUUAUUCCUCUGUCUCCUAACUCAAUGGACACAGCCACUAAACAGGUUUUACAU